GGGCGGUUUCUGAAAACGUUUUCAGUUUUCAGUUGUGGAUUCAUUUAUAAAGAUGCUUUUCUUGUUUUCGCCAAAGUAAAAUUAAAAUUGAGUACUUGAGUUGUAUCUUGCAUCUGAUCCUGAUGUAAAAAAAAAAUGCACAAUGAUGUUGUGGGACAAUGAUAAGUCAAGGUCUUCACGACCAGUUGAAAUUAAAGCACGUAAAUUGAACGGACGAAGAGUUGUGUGUCUCCGUUCAACAGUUAAGACGAGAUUGCAUUACCUUCUAUGUGUAUUUUUAGCUUUAAAUGGUGUUAUCGUUUCUAUCAUUGGCGAUGUUUCUUUUGCUCAACAUGCUCUCGCGACGUCCAGAGUUGUUGAGUCUGGGAUAUGGGUAAUCGAUUUGGUAGCGGAACAGCGCGAGCAGCGAAGGGCAGCAGCAGCAGCACAGCCUUCGCCAUGCCGAAAAAGGACUUCUUUUUCCGCUCCCCGCCUCGACGACGGAGUCGACGAGGUGCUCGCGGCGGUGAGCCAGGCAGCCAACCGGCUUCUAGAUGGAGGAGGAGGAGGUGGUGAUGCUGAUUCAAUGGGUGCUCCUGCUUCAUUCUUUCCUGCUGGUGAGCAAAUAGCUGAGGUUCGAUCUCCUGAGCACAGUUCUGAUUUACGACCGCCCCGCCGCACAAGACCUCCACGAGGGCCUUGGCGUGCCUUCACCUCUGCUUCUCGGCUGAAUGCAAUCAAACGGACAGAGGUCGUGGUCGAUAGAAAAGGAAUUUCUAAUUCGCUCCCUUCUGGGGCUGCUCCACCUCGAGCAAAUUCUGCUGGCGAGACAGCUACAACAGGCCAAGCGGUCCAGCCCGGAGAGGACGACGAGAGGCCUUUGAGCGCCAUGCAUGUGGAUGCGCUUUCUCCGGCUGUGAUGCUGGUACAGUACCACGGACUGCUAGUGGACAACUUCCUGCAGCUUGGCGCCUACCACCAGGACCCGGUGCAGGUCACGCAGUAUCCGUUACGCAAAGAUGGGGAGACGGUGGUCGAGUUUUCCCAAGAAUUUCUCCUUGCUUCAGCCGCAAGAGGAAGAAUCAUUUCCAGUCGAAGAUCGGAGGAGGACGACCUGGAGCAGGCACACAGGGGCGGAGAAGGAGGACACAAGAAAUGCAUGGAACAAGAAUCGAACCUAAAUCGAAUUUCCGACGCCGCUUUCCCCGUCGCGUACUUACUAGAGAAGCUCGUCAGGAAGAAACAUGCCGCGAAAGAUGAUGUAAAAAUGCACAGGAGCGACGACGAGGACGAGCUUUUCAGCUUGCUGAAUGAAGAGCUUUUUACCGGGCUGAACGGUCUUGGAAGGAAUCAGGAUCAUAGCAAGCUUUUGACGAAGCAACUCAACGUCUGGGGUAGUGGGGCGUCAACUGCUGCUCCAAAGAGCGAUGACGCUAGUUGUACUGAAGAUUAUGCGGAAAGAACUGGUCAUCUUUCUAGACACCAGCGCACCGCUGCAACACCAGUAGUACCACCUCGUCAUUCCAGCCGCAGCCUCAUCGUUGUUAGCGAGAUAGCCACUGAGUUGAUCCGCCAAAAAAGUAUGGAAACGGCACGAACACAGCACACGACGGACGUCCGCGCACUGCAAGAGGCGCGCCGGUGGUCCGCGAAGACUUUGGCUGCGGGGUUCGGAUCGAUGUUUGUAGAAAAUUAUCAUCGUAAAGUCGCUUCAGUGACGGAAAAAGUCAGGCUCGACGGCAGCUCGUUUGACAAAGAUGUUGAAAAGAUGGAAAGUACUGUCGUGGAGGCACGAGGAGCCGACCAGACAGGAGUAGAGGCACCAGGUGAUGGUAUACGACGCUCAACAUCUGCUGGCGCUGCUCCGAUAAGGAGCAAAGCUCUCAUGUCCUUUCUGAGUCGGGCGUAUGCAAAGAAGUUUUUCUAUGAGCUUCUGAAAAAUCGCGGGCCCAGUAGCCGACAGAACUAUGCGGAAGAGAGCCUACGGGACGCAGAGGAGCAGCAGCAGGGAACAAAUGUGCCCGAAAAUCCUGAUCUUGAGCAUCACGGGUUUGCUUUCGGCCCGACGCUGAAAGUUCAUGAUAUUUCUUCAGCAAUACAGGGACGAGCGGAAAGCGAAGAGCUGUCAAACCCGUACCUAGGUUUUGUGGACUGGUUGAUCCGACAAGCAGAAGAUGGCCAGCAAAUUGACCGGGCCGAGGAGCACCAAAGUGCGGAAGUUGACGAGGCUGUUGUUUCGACUACAACUUCUGGGCCUUUCGCUUUCGGCAUAGAUUCAACAUUCGCAGAAAAAAAUAAGCCUGCUUCUCUCGUCGGCCGCGAGACGAAAAGUUUAUUCUUGCGUCUACGCCCAAGGUGGCACGCGGUGGACGAGGAGCGGCAGCUUUUUGUGCUAAAAGUUCCCGUGAGAAACAGGGCUGAUGUUGGAAGAUUAGUGAAAGCAUACCUACCCGAAAACCCCGCGUUCUUCAUCUUCGACAAAGCAUUCAUGUUCGCAAAUGCGGCUAUUCGGACCGAACAGCACGAAAGGACAGCUAAGCUGCUGGAACAGUUUGCAACCGAGCUGCUCUUGGCUACGCCGCAAAAGGACCAUACGACAGGUGGACUCGCUGCAACAGUCACAGACGUUGGGGAGGGGGAAGACGCGACAAGAAGCUCGGAGAUGAAGCACGUCGCAUACAAGUUCAUUGGGAAGGACAACGGGAAAGUGUUAGCCUUUUCACCGGUGUUAUUCCACAAGGCGGGAAAGGUCACGCACUAUGAAGAGCAGCAGGAGAAGCCCGCGAAAGCUGGUGCAGGAGAGUCUGUUUCCCGAGCAGAAAGUCCUUUGAAGUCGCGUCCUCGCCCGGCUGCAACCGAAACGGAAACAUCAACAUCUUCUUUUGGCGAAACGUCUACCGGUAAUUUUCCUAGCCCUUUUGACUUUGGAAUAAAACCAAACCCCCCAGGACAGCGCAGCUCUGUAGUAUUGCCUGUGGACGAGAAGCAAGUUUCACCCCCUUGUUCAGAAGUCGUUUCCUCGAAAACGGCAGUGAGUUUCGAGCGGAGACUGGUUUUACUGAAUAUGCAGAGACUUGAGGAACUGGAGCGGGAGGAAGCCGUACCAGAUUUGUAUGAGGGGCAAGAGAAACCGGAGCCACCAUGCACGGCCGCACCCGCGGUCGCGGAUUUUGCAUCGGUCACGGAACUCGUACCUGCAAAGCGGAGUAGAAGUAGCAGCCGCAGAUCAGCGCCAGUGGCUAAAAGGAAGCGGUCUUCAUUUUCUCCGGCGAAAAUAAGGAAGCGGUCCGCGAAACCGAAGCGUUCUACAAAUCGGGCGGGGCUACGGCGCUGAAAGCUUGUUGCAUUAUCGAUGUGCGAUGAAUAUACAACAAGUUGUGGAGCUGAUACUGAUUGGAAAAAUACUUGCGGCAAGGAUUUACGAAUUUUGCGAGGGGUAUUGAUCAUAUCAAGUUUGUAGCAUUAUUCAAGCGCAUGCGCACUCCGAUAUAAUCGCAAAAAAAAGCAGCUUCCACACACGU